AUGGCAGUUGAUUUAAAACAAAAAUUAGACUUCAUCGAUUUCUUUGGACCAAUUGCUGUAUGGAUUUGUUUCUUCUCAGUUGUCUUCAUAAUUUCUGUCACCUGUAUUCUUUGGUGUUGCGUUACAGAAAAUGAUGACAGUACAGUUUUUGCUAAGUGGGGAAUGGGUCCAAAACCAAAACAUAAGAGAGAACAAAAAUUAUUGCCUCAAGACACUGCUUGA